AUGGAAACCAAAAUCGAAAUGAAAGGACCAAUAGACACUAUUUCAUCGAACGAUACAUCUGUUGGCAGGCUGAAGAAAUUACCUCAAUUACGAGGUGGUGGUUCUUGUCGCGAACAUUGUUCUACUAUUAUUUGUAUUCUUAUUUGUAUGACUAUUGGCUUUACUAUUUUUGCUGCCGCCGGUGGCGUUUAUAUUAGUAAUAAUAGUAAUGUGGUUGCUCUGAACGUUACUAUUGCUGGUACUGUUAUUUUGGCCUUUUCUAUUCUUAUCUGCGUUGGUUUUAUAUGCAAAAUUUGUGCUGAUAGUACUGAUCGUCAUUGUGGUUGUCAUCUUUGUUGUUGUGACUAA